CUGCGCUGUCCAUUCGUGAGUGACGGGGAAAGCAGGCGCAUGUUGGGUCAUAUUUACCUCCAUGGCGCUAUCAGUGCGGCCACGCGAUGUCGUUUUGAUCCCGACCAUCAUCCCUCAAUACCAUCGACGCGUCUUGCAUCGUUGGCUGCGUGUUCCAGAGGGGCGACGCCUCAAGGCCCAAGGAUGCAGUUCUUGGUUCAAUGCUGCUUGAACGCACGCCAUUGGCAGUGCUACCCUCGACACAGAACACCCCUAUAUGAAUGUUAGGGAUCAAGCGCAAGAUAGACGAUGCCUCCGCAAGCUUCCAGGACUAAGGUCAGGAGCCAUGUAUACAAGCGUCUGCAUCGAGCGGGACUGUCUCUUGCUUCCUACCUUUUCCUCCCCUCCCUACCGCGAAACAUGCCAUCCUCCAAAUCCGACCGCACUCUCACUUACGCUGCGCGAGAAGGAGGUCUCAUGUACUACGAUAUGGUCGCCGACUCCGAACACCUGCCACCUCGGCGCUCGCCCUUGCAAUUCCUCGCGAAGGACCGCCGUCCCGCUGUUAUAGAGCGCAUGCUCAUUAUAGAUGACCUGGUUGAGGGCGAGACCGCCUAUUCUCGCGGCAGCGUCAUUUUCGAGCAACAAGUCUCCGACGCCGUGGAAAGGUCCAGGACGUUGAGUUGUCUUUCGAGUCACCUCAAGGGGGCUGUCAUCGGCGCGGUCACGUCGCGCGAGGUCGUGUACGAGGAGGUGGCCACGCACGAGCCUCACCCCCACACCCACAAGAAUCGCCCCACCUCGCUGUACGAGAUGGUUGUAGCGAUCAGUCUGGAGCGCGGUGGCGAGGCCGCGCUAGUGUCAUGGGUCACCACCAACAUCGCCCCGGUCUUGGAGGCUGCAGCCGUCCUCGCAGCCUGUCGAGACGUCGUGAUGAAGACCAUGGCCGACAAUCUCAUCCUUCCGGACGAAGAAGACGAAGACGAAGAUGUGCUGUAUACCCCUAAGGCCUACCAGCCCGCUUACUUCGCCCCGCCGUUGCCAGAGCGUGCGUUCGUUCCUCGUACCAGAGACCACGGCUACCGGCAGAGGUCGGCACCAAGCGCGCGUCCCACGCGCACGCUCCCUGCUAGAUUGCCGACCGGUCCACCCGAAGACAACGUUGCGGUCACGGCCCCUCUUCUCCCCGUCGAGACAUUGGCCGAAGAACAAUCCACCUCCAAUGGUGCCCGAGUCGUGAUAGUCGCGCCAUUGCCUCUGGCUACGUCGCUCGAGCCGCGCGUCAAUCCUGUCAUGUUCCUCCUGGCGAGUAUCCUGGCAUUCCUCAGACUGCUCGUCGGGUGGUAGACUUCUCGGGUCCCUUCGCGACCGAAUUCUGUAUGUCCCAUUCGCUUUGUCAUGGUAUCCUGGUUGUUGCGUACCCUGUAACGGUAGAGGGUCUUUGCCCGAAUAUAAUAUUUUUUCUCUGCUCCCUUCCUGUGGGACGGUACUGCUGUC